CAGCUCAUUUCCGGAUGAAAACGCGUUCCCGCUUGGGCUUCCGUAGCUUCUAACCCUGAGAAGAAUGGCCGGUUGGAUAUGGUUUCGUUGUCUUUUUGGGCCCAAACUUCAGCGAAUUCAUCGCUCACCGGACCAGAACAGACCUGAAGCCCGAACCGCGAGGCGGCAGGGAUGGACAUACCAGCCCAAGAGUCUUGAGAAACACACCGACAGCAUCCUGGGCUGGGCUUCGGUUCUGUGGUCUCUGGGCUACUACAGUUCCCCGCUGCUACUAUGCUACCUCUACCGGAAAGGGUACUUCUGCAGCUCCAAGCUGAUCCCGGUCAGUCAGUAUGUGGGUACGGUGCUGGUCUGCCUGCUGGGAAUUGCCUGUUUGAGAGGCCUGGGUCGCUGGAGGAACCAGGAGUACCUGCAGUUCGUCAGCAUUCUUGAGGAGACCAGGAAGAACCACACCCAUAGCAACAAGAAAAAGCUGGCAUGCUACGACUUCAACUUCUCUCACUGGCCGACAGACUUCAGCUGGACAGAAGUCAGCUCUCCGAAGCAGUCACAAGGGGGCGUGUCCCUGCUGAAGCCGGAACCCAGGCACAGAGGGUCAGCUGACAGCGUGCUCAGCUCCGUGCGAACCCUGCCGUGCCACAUCAUCAGCUACCUGAUCGCUCACUCUUUCGGGAGGAGGAUGCUGUACCCGGGGUCCGUGGGGCUCCUGCAGAAGGCCAUGAGGCCGGUGCUGCAGCAGGGCCAGGCCCGGCUGGUGGAAGAGUUCGAAGGCCAGAGGAACAAGCUGGUGGCCUGUGAUGGAAAUGAGAUCGACACCAUGUUUGUGGAUCACAGGAGAGACGGAGGGGAGAGGGGGAAGACACUGGUCAUCUGUUGCGAGGGAAACGCAGGCUUCUAUGAAGUGGGCUGCAUGAACACUCCUUUAGAGGGCGGAUACUCGGUGCUGGGAUGGAAUCACCCUGGUUUUGGAGGAAGCACAGGAGUGCCUUUCCCCCAGAACGAGGCCAAUGCCAUGGACGUAGUGAUCCAGUUCGCGGUUCAUAAGCUGGGCUUCAAGCUCAAGGACAUUAUUGUGUACGCCUGGUCCAUAGGGGGAUUCACAGCCAGCUGGGCGGUGAUGUCAUACCCAGAGAUCAGGGCCGUGAUUCUGGACGCCUCCUUCGAUGACCUGCUGCCCCUGGCGCUGAAGGUCAUGCCUGACAGCUGGAGGCCUCUGGUGACACACACAGUAAGGCAGUACAUGAACCUCAACAACGCCGAACAGCUCUGCAAGUACCAGGGCCCGGUGCUGUUGAUCAGAAGAACCAAAGAUGAGAUCAUCACCACCACGGGUCCGGAGGACGUCAUGUCCAACAGGGGCAACGACCUGCUGCUCAAACUGCUCCAGUUCAGAUACCCCAAGGUUAUGAACGAGGAGGGUGUGCGGGCAGUUAGAGAGUGGUUGGGAGCAACGAGUCAGCUGGAGGAAGCUUCAGUGUACAGUCAUUAUGAGGUGGAUGAUGAUUGGUGCACGUCAGUGCUGCAGUCCUACCAGACAGACAGAGAGACAUUCUUCCCCUGGAGCGUCGGUGAAGACAUGACUCCUGAGGGGAGACGGCAGCUUGCUCUGUUUCUGGCGCGGAAGUACAUGCGGAAUUUCGACAGCACCCACUGCACCCCUCUCCCCAUCUCCGAAUUCCAGCUACCCUGGAGACUGUAGAGCCAGCUGGAGGAGGAGGAAAAGGAGGAGGAGGGGGGUUGGGCUCAAAAGAGGGAGGUAAACUGAGAGAGAAACCCUGUUGGAAUGGUGCGGGACAGCGGGACCAGCGGAGCAGGAGGCAUGAUGGGAAAUGGAAGGGGGGGAGGGGGGGGCGCUGUCGUUGGGUUUUUAAGAUGUGGCAAGGGCGGCGAGGUCGGUGUUCUCUGUGGGUCGGCAGCUGUCGUCCGGAUUCGUUUUAAUCGCCGGUCUUAUUCAGCAGGUGUGCCCUUUCAUUUUGUCUCUCUCUCCCAUGGGCUGUGUCCUUAGAACAAUCGCAUACAGUUUGCAAAGCUCCACAAAACAAAAGCUAAAAAAAACACUUGUCGGGAGGUGUCAGUGGUGCUCUAGUCCUCCAUGGCCACAGUUAACCUUUCCACAGUUACUCUUUGGAAUGUUGUGACCUCACCAGAGUGCCACAAACCUUUUUUUAUUUUUAACGGUACACAGAACUAGCCUAACAUGCGGGAAAUGUAACGCAAGCUUACUGCGAAUAACGACAGGUGUUCAUCAUACGACAGCUGCAGUUGUGCAUUGUGUAGUUUUAAGCAGGUUUAUUGGUCUGUGCAGCUGCCACUCAGAUCAUACGUUCAUUUACCUGACAACUCCCACUCGAAUGUGAAAGAGAAACCCAAUGCAGCUGAUUUUAAGUGUGCAGCCCACAACCCCCAUCCCCCAUCCCCCCUCCUCCUCUUCUGCACAUUGUCUUUUUCACUUUCUCUAUUUUGUGGACACUGUUAUGAAAAAAAUCUGUAUCCUUAAAGUUAUUCAUGUUAAAUAUAAUGGUAAAUAAAAAUUUGGUUGGAAAAAAUAAA